GGAACCAGACCUUAUCUCUCUCACUCUCCUUCAAAAAAUUUAGUAUCCAUUUCCAUCUUCCAUUCCUACCACCUCUGCCCUAGUAAUACUUUCUCUACGCCAUGAAUUUUAACAACGAUGAGAAAUUUAAAGUUUUUCAUCCUUUUGAGAUUAAUUCAUUACUUCACACCCGAAGUUUUGGAGGCAUUGAAAACGGGAUCAAUAAUCCUAUGCACUUAUCUAGCCAAGCGAUUCCUCAUCCUCCUAUUGCGUCUAGCACUCAGAGGUAUUCGGUGACGGGAAACGCUAGCGCUGAGGGAGGUAGGCCCUUUCAAGGCAGAAAUAGAACGUCUUGUGGGUAUGUAUUUCAAGAACACUCUCCAGCCAUCGAGGCGACGAUUGAUCCUGAUCCGGACUGUCUAAUGACCACACCUGUCUCAACCCGACAAAAUUCUCAGAUCUUACCCAACACAGGUUACUGUCAAUGCCAAGGAGGUUCUCGUAUAACUGACAACCGCGCUGGACAUUCACGUGCCCUACCUCUCCGCAAUGUUUCUAGCAAUUGUCUUCCCACUAUUGCAAUGAUGCUAAAUAACCCUCCGUCAGAAAGUGUCCCCAUACCUUCCAUUGGAACUUACACACGGUCUAAAUCAACAAUGGACAAUAGGAUGUCCAUUUCGAAUGCCUCAGAUAGUACAAUUGUUGCACCUGUAUCGAUUCCCGAGCAGCGCUACUUCCUCUUGAAUACCCUCUAUCAAAUAUGUCUAGAUGCCACUACCACUUACAUUCGCGCUCUUCCAUAUUCCUCUCAUAUUGGUGUCGGAUAUGAACGAACUCGUUCGUGUUCCCACCGAUACCAUCCAUACCGUGGCAGGGGACGAGAAAGAUCAUAUAACGAUGACCAUUCCAAGACUCUCAUGGACAAUAUCGAAGUGAUCAGUACAUUUCUAUGGAGAAAGGCCAGGAGAGAUCAGAUGGCACCCCAUCGAGCCGAAUCAGAUGCGGUCAUGGAUAUGAACAAUCUUUAUAGAUGGGGAGAAAACUUGAUCGAUGGCAUGGAAGAAAGAGCCGGGACCGAGGGAGCGCGAACUGCAGUAUUGAAUGCGGCUUUGGCGAUGUGUGAGUGGUUGAGGAUUUCAGAAGCUUGUACUUUAUGCAGAGAGGUUGAAGGAGAGCUAAGAGGUCUUGCGAAUUUAGAAAUGGAACGCGCGAGAGAGGGAGAUGGCGAGGAGGGUGAUAUUCUCUGAAGAGUGUGUAUCUCAGAACUUGAUGGGGAUCCAGCUAGGUAUGUCCUAUGCAAUUUAUCAAUAUUGAAUGCAGAUAGCACAUGAUGUUCUCGUCCAAUAUGAAGCCAUUCUUUGAAAGAAUGUUAGGUGUUUGAAAACACA